GGAAGUGUUAUUGUUGAACUGGCGGAAUCGAAGCUACAGGGGUUACCUCUGACCCACGUCUACGUAAAUUCAGCUGUCCACAGGACUUGAAAACUGUCGCAGGGAAGAGGCAACGAUCUCAACAAGGAAAAUUGCCACAGAGGUAUGAGCCCCCUUCAGUCUGAAGAGAAGAAGAUGGACUGUGAAGUAGCUGACCUUCCCAGUGGCCCGCUGGAUAUUUACAGGAAAAAAGCCUCUUUCAACUGGAAGGACAUGCGCCGCUUCAUAGAAGGAGAGGAAAUGGAAUUCAAGCAACACGUUUUCAAGACACUAGAAAAUGAUCCUGUUUUUGCCCGUCGGCCUGGUGAAGAUGUCCCUAUUGAGAAAAUGAGAGAGCUGACCUUCCUCAGGGUGAAGCAGCUCUUCCGCUAUGACUUCUUGACAAAAGAAGAGGCGAUGGCUAAUCCCUGGAAGACUGUGGUCCUCAAUGAUUGUCUGGGCAUGUAUGACUGGGCCCUUACAGCCAAGUUCUUUCUCAACAAAGGGAUGUUUGGUGCAACUGUUGCUAAUUCAGGAUCAGGGAGACACAUCGAAUUUGUUGAAAGCACUGAAGACAUGACGACGUUUGGGUGUUUUGCUCUGACUGAGCUGAGCCACGGCAGCAACACCAGAGCCAUGAGGACCACAGCAACAUAUGAUCCCUCCACCCAGGAGUUUGUAAUAAACUCUCCAGACUUUGAGGCUGCUAAAUUCUGGGUGGGGAACCUGGGGAAGACUGCAACCCACGCUGUGGUGUUUGCUCAGCUCUACACACCUGACCAAAUGUGCCACGGCCUGCACUCCUUCAUUGUCCCAGUGAGAGAUCCCAAGACCCUCUUAGCUCUGCCUGGUGUGCUUGUUGGAGAUAUGGGCAAGAAGCUGGGCCAGAAUGGACUGGAUAAUGGGUUUGUUUUGUUUCAUAAUGUGAGGAUUCCUCGGGAGAAUCUACUCAAUAAGACUGGAGAUGUUACUCCUGAUGGCCGCUAUGUUACUCCAUUCAAGGACCCCAACAAACGUUUUGGAGUGUCUCUGGGUGCCCUGUCAGGUGGCAGAGUAUCCAUCACCAGGAUGGCACUAGUCAACCUGAAGCUGGCUCUGACUGUGGCCAUCCGCUUUUCAGCCACCAGGAGACAGUUUGGACCCAAAGACAUGGAAGAGAUUCCUGUUUUGGAGUACCAGUUACAGCAAUGGCGUCUGAUCCCGUACUUGGCAGCAGCAUAUGCGCUUGAACACUUCUCCAAAUCCAUCUUCAUGAACUUUGUCGAGUUUCAGAUUGGACAGAUAAUGAAGGACAAGAGUGCUAGACAAGCAGAGUUGGGCAGAGAGAUCCAUACCUUGGGCUGCUCUAGUAAACCACUGGGCUCAUGGAUUGCUCAGAGGGGGAUCCAGGAAUGUAGAGAGGCCUGUGGUGGACAUGGAUACCUGGCCAUGAAUCGGCUAGGUGAUCUGCGCAAUGACAAUGAUCCAAACUGCACAUAUGAAGGAGACAACAAUGUCUUGCUGCAGCAGACCAGCAACUACCUGCUCGGCUGGCUCCAUGCUAAACGCCAUGAUGGUAUUGAGUCUCCUCUUCACACUGUGGAUUUCUUAGAUGAUCUUCACAAGAUCCUGGAAAGCAGGUUUACAGCAACGACCUUGGAUCAGUGUAUGGACUCUGCAGUGCCAGUGGCGGCCUAUAAGUGGCUGGUGUGUUUCCUGCUGGAGGAGAGCCAGAAAAGACUGGAAGAGCAGAGGGCCUCAGGAAUGGAUGAGUUUGAAGCCCGUAACAACAGCCAGGUUUACUACUGCCGUUCUUUGGCCAUGGCCUACAUUGAAUACAACUGCCUACAGAAGUUCUAUGAGCUGACUACUGAUCAGAACACACCAGCUGGUCUCAGACCUGUACUAAGCAAGCUGUGUGCCCUGUAUGGGCUGUGGAGCCUCAACAGUCACAUGGCCACAUUGUACCAAGGUAAUUACUUAAGUGGAAGGAAACCCGCAGAGUUGGUCCAGAUGGCAAUUCUUAUGCUUUGCUCCCAGUUGAAGGAUGAUGCAGUGGCGUUGGUGGAUGUUUUUGCACCUCCUGAUUUUAUUCUCAACUCACCGAUUGGCAGUGCUGAUGGACAUCUUUACAAGAAUCUGUGGUCAACAGUGAUGCAGGGCUGCCAGGUGCUGGAGCGGCCAUCCUGGUGGAAAGAGUUCUGUUCGGACAAACCUGUGGUUGGAUCCCUCCGUCCAAAACUCUAGAACACAGAUGCACUCUCAACUCUGGACAUGUCGACACGUGUGUCUGGUGUGUCCAAAUUCUAGGUGGAAAAAGUGUGUGCCUUAAAAACUUCCAACAAUUUAAAAUGAAUGGACUAUACUUAGGCUGACUCUCUGUUUGCCAAAGACCCCUUACAAUCCUCCAAAUCUUGUACCCUAAAGAAGUCAAGAAUCUUGAACUCUGGUUCAACACUUAACAAAUUAAAGAGAUUUCAAUACAGUCUCUGCAAAUACAAUAUGUUGUUUCUCUGUUUACAGAGAAAGAGAAAUUCUGUUUAAAUCUGUUUUAUAUUGCGUUGUCUAUUGCUAUUCUGUCAGUAGCUGAAAGUGAGGCUAAUGGCCAUGGAGUAGCACAGAAAAUAUUUGACUGCAAUUCGUAGCAUCUCACUUCCCUUAAAUGAGAUGCUAAAAAGUGCACUGCUAACAGUUUGCAGGUGUAGAUGACAAACCAAUAGCUUCUGUAAAACUUCUAAAUGUCAACAAUGUCCUAUUUUGAGACUAAAUUGUGUGCUUCUUACUCUUUAACACCACUAAGGAAACGCUCUUUGCUAUAGUUAAUGGCAUAGAUGUAUUAAAAAAAAUAUGAAUGCCAUAUUUAAAAAUGAUGCCCCAUUCAGUCCAAUAUCUGCUCAGUUACUAGUCGAACACACAUGCUGGAGUCUUUCAGACUUAGUCAGUCUCCACACACAAGUGUCACAAGAAUAAUUUACUGAUACAGCCUUUGGGAGACUUAUUUUUUAUCAGACCUAAUGACUUAUGUCAUGUGAUGCUCAUAAAAUACAAUGGUUUUAUAGCAAGACAAGACAGCUUUAUUUGUAUAGCCCAUUUUUCAAGCGGUUUGUCUCAAAGGGCUUUAAAAGCAAAACUCUUAGUGAAACAUUAUUUGAGCCCAUUUAAAUGUUUCAUAACUAAUGAGUGUGGUAAGUAAAAUUUAUUGUGUUUGAUUGCUUAAAUGAAUGACAUGGAAUGUAACAUUUUUAUGAAUCUGAAAACUGUUAAACUGUAGAUGAUAUACACUACGAAAUUUUCUUUUGUAAAAUUAGCAGUUUUUGUAAAACAAUGUUUUGGUAUAAUAUACAAAUUAAAUAAAUUCACUAAUCCGCUA